AUAACGCAGCUGUGAAUGAAGUGACUUCUCAUUUUAAUAAGUGAAAUUGCAGCGCUCUCAUCUUCAUUACGCGGACGACUAACUGCUGAAGGAACGUACUUGGAUGUUACAGAAGUGGACAUUUUGCUUUUGAUGUCUUGAUUAUUAUUAUUAUCAUUAUUUUAUAAAUAAUCAAGCGUGAUCGAGGUCUCUGAAUAAAAGAGAAUUAAAGAAGACUGCAACAUUCUGCAUUCAGGGAGCUCGAACAUACUGAUUAAGCAAGCUUUUCACCAGUGAUGUCUAAGACACCACGAUCUUCAAGAACCCACUCACGAUCAGCCUCAAGGUCGAGGUCAGGUUCAGACUCCCGCUCCAGGUCUCGAAGUAGCUCACAUUCUCGCUCAAGGAAGCACCGCUAUGGCUCUAGAUCUCGCUCUCGGUCCAGAUCCCAUUCUCCAUUCCACGACCGAGGCCGGAAACAUCCACGGGAAUAUCAGAACAAUCGGGAGUUUAGAGGUUACCACAGAGGCUUCCGGAGGCCUUAUUAUUUCCGGGGCAGAGGACGAGGCUACUUUCGUGGUCGCUUUCAGCGUGGUGGGGGUUUUUACAAUAACUAUAGAUCAAACAACUGGCAAAACUUUAACCAGCAUCCACAGCAAAAGCAGCAGAAACAGCAGCAGACACAACAGCAAAGGCAGUAUGCUCACAGUCCCAAGAGAGGGCGCUCUCGCACCCCCAAGAAACGUUCAAACAGCCCGAAGUCCCUAAGUCAUUCACAGCGCUCUGACAGAUCUUCAUCACUGCAUUCACACCACUCUUCUUCCUCCGCCUCAUCCCGACAGAUAAAUGCUUCUGCUAAGAAUAAUUCUGAGGCUGGAAUAGAGGUUCAGUCAGUACCCAAGGAAAGCCAGGAGCCUGGAGUACAAGAAGGGCACCAUCCAGAGAAAGAUGGAAGUACAAGUGGUGAGAAGACCUCAAAAACAUGGUUGUUUCCAAUAAAUCACAACAGCAGCCCAAAGAAGGCCAGUGCGCAUAUUCACUCUGCUGUCAGUGCUGUCCACUACGAUCCGGUCUCCAGUGAAUCAGGUCCUGUUCCCGAAAAUUCAGGAGCAACUAGCAAUGGGGCCACCUUCAGCCAGCCUAUUGCUUCUACACCCUCUAACAGUAGCCCUCCAAAGAAAAGUCCCACAACAGUUUUCUCAGGCUUUGGGCUUUUUUCUAAUGCUGACCAGGAAGAGGACACAGUUGCCAUCUCUAUUGCUUUUAAAAAAUUCUUAGAGGAGCAGAAGAAUAAAAAGCAGGCACUUGGAGAUAAGAGCAUGAAGAAUGAGGCGGACAAUGGAAAUGCUUUUCCUGAAAAUAGAAAUAGCAAAUGUGAAGGCACUUUUGAUCGGUUGUCUUGUCCAAGACUAUACAGUCCUGCAGAACAAAACAACAAAAUGGAAAGUGAAAAGAACAAAUAUGUAGACAGUUUCAAGGGGAAUACAUCCUCCAAUAGUUUCAGGCCAGCUAUCCUAUCUGAAGAGGAGGAGGAAGACGGUGAAGACACUAAACCCCAUUUAGUGUUAGUGAAUGAAGUUCCUAAGCUUAAAAGCAAAGUCACAAUGUCAGCUCGUGAACUGUUUGAGGAACAUUUUAGGAGGCUGGAUGACAGAGCAUGGGAUGAUGAGCUGGAGGCUUUCCUAAUAAACCGAGAGAAAGAGAGAGCUGCAAAUAUUUUAUUUGCUCUGUCUAAGACGGAGAAGAUUGCACGCAAGUUAGAGGACCUUUCCCCUGAAAGACCCUCAAAAGUUAAAAGAAAGGACAAAAUGACACCGAGUCCCUCUCCUACAUUUAAACCCCUUUCACGAAAGAGCUCUGACAUCCAAGAACAAGAGAUGUUCAUGAAUUUGGUUGAUGAAUCGUCACCGAGAGCCUCAGGGAAAAGAGAAAAAGAGUUUAGUCUGAGGAUGGAUUCCCUUAGCGACGAUCUGGCAAGAUCAUCAGUUUUGUCCAAUGAUUGGAGGAAUACUAUGGAUUUUGUGCACAGUGAUAAGGGACUUCAGCACCGUUGGUGUUAUAAUUUAUGCAGGAGCACAACAGAGUUGUUUGCACAGCACGUGAUUUCAAUUGUUCAUUAUGUCACAGCGCAACAUUUCCCUUCUUCUGGAGUGACUCUAAGUGAUCGGUUUGCCAUGUACCAGAGACUUGCAGCUGAGAAAGAAACCAUGAAGGCAAGAAAGAGUCCAGAGAUACACAGGAGAAUUGAUGUUUCUCCCAGUGCUUUUAUGAGGCACUCAUUCCUGUAUGAUGAGUUGAAAGAUUCCGGGGAGAGCAGCUCCAAGGCUGAAGCUAAACAGUUUAAAGGAGAUACAAUGGAUCUUCCAAUGAAUGUCGAGAAGCGCAAAAAAUAUUUAAGCAGAGAUACAAAUGAGAAAAAUGAAGAGCGAGGGGAAUCAGGGAAAUCUGAAUCAAGUAUGGAAAGCUCCACUGAGAAAUCGUCAAAACACCACAAAAAAUCUAAAAAAAGCAAGAAAAAACGGGAACGUUCUCAUUCCUCUUCCUCCUCCUCUUCUUUUGUUCAUGAGGAAAAAACAGAGUCUACAGAGAAAAGCUCAACGCAGCUGCCGAUCCGAGAAUGUGUUGGAACUUCGGAGACGGGAAAGAAACACGGAGGAUUUCAGUUCCGAAUACGAGGUAGGGGUUGGAGCAGGGUGAAUUGCCUUGGAAACGAUAGCAAGUGCAAUAGCAAUGCUCUUGUGCAGGGUCAUUCCAAAAACUUGGACUGGGAUUCAGAUCAGAUGUCCAAAAACAAAAAAUACUACCUGCUAGAUGAAAAGGAUGUUGAAGGGGAGAGAAAAUGGGUUGAUACCCAAGGACAUGGACAAUCUGCCAUCCCUCGUGGCAAGGGUCGUUUCAUCUUACGGAGGCCCACAAUUUCUAUCACCACUAAAAACUCUAACUGGACCCAUGACAGGUUUAAGGCCAGUGGUGAUGCUGAAACAGGCAACAGGGACCACAAGGAACAAAACAAUGCAUAGGCAGCAGGGACUAGUGAAGAUAUCUGGCAGCUUUCUCUUAUUGCCUAACCCUGGGUGGGCAGGACUCUGUCUCGCCUCUUUCCUGUGUUGGUGGCGAGACCAGGGAAUAGAAUUCUCAUACACCAAUGUUAGCAGUUGCACUUAUCAUCAAGGUUGGGAUGCUCUAGUACAUCUAGGUCUACAUCUUAGGAGACCAUUAGAAGCCCAGCUAUUUCUUUUAAUAGGCAUAUUAACCCUUGUAAAAAGGCUUUUUAUCAUUUUUCAUGUAUUUUAUGCACUUGUGAUGGUUGAUUUUCAUGGAAAAUUUUGACAAUGAUCUUUGAAACAUUAAGAAACAAGACGUGCCUUCAGACCUGAAUAUGCUGAGGUAAUUUUCAAUAAAUAUUAUUUGUUGUUAAUAUAAACUACACCAUACCAAGAUAUGAUUUUCCACUGGACAGAGGUCUGUUUUGACUUCUCACGAUGAACCCCUGUUGGUUCUAUCAGAGGUUCAUGUGGCUCUACUGUGGCAGUAAACAAAAUAAUGCAAAUGAUCUAUAUUUGUUAUGGGUAAUGACCAUGGCAUUUAAUUUUCUGCUGUGAUCUAUAUUUUUAAUUUCUUUUUUUUUUCCUAAAGAUUUUCUCACCAUGUCUACUUGUCCUUGUUUGGGAGUGUGUUUAUAGCUGAUUGAUUUUUCAACAUUUAGCUUUUUUCUGAUCAUGCAAUAAAUAUCUGCAGCACUUUAGCUGAACCAUAUUUAAAUUACUGUGUUAAUUUAACUGUGGUGUCCAUAUUGAAACAUAGCUCACAUUUAGAAUCAGGAUUUUAAACAAUGAAUGUAAGAAUUUGAGAAGAAAAGCACCACUUUAAUGUAUUUAUUCACACCAUGGGGUCCACCUAAUAAAAAUUAAUGGAUAUUGUAUUAUAGAACAAAUAUGUCUGAUGUGUUUAGUAAACUUACCCAGCUAAAAGGUAAAAUCUAUUCCUUAUGUACCUUUCUGGAUUGUUUUCCCAAGGAACAUGGGCAUGUUUUAUAGAAGUAGUUGAUAAAUGUCACUAUAUACAAGAUAACUUUUUACACAACCCUGUUAGGUUUUUGUGAUGCAAAAUAAAACAAAAGUUAAACCAUGUCA